AUGGAGAUGCAUUCUCUAGAACAUGUGCCGCAAAUCAGGCAUAACCGGGAUGAAGAAUAUCAUAAUGAGCACUACGGUGAAUCACUCUCGGACCAGAUUACGCCUGAUCAGAAUUAUGUCAAUAACAACAGCGACGAACAGUAUUACGAUAACAACAAUAGCAUACCAAAUCACAAUUCAACAGAUGCGUCGAGUUAUAGCGGUGACUAUUACAAACGACCUUAUCCAAAUCGACGCCAAUCAACUGAUCACGGUGCAUUUGGUGAACGCAGCGGUAAUGCUGUCAAUAUUGAAGACGCUAUGUCCAAUUAUGAGGACCUACGAAGAGAACUCACUGAACAAUCUCGUCGGAGUCGCCAUCAAUCGACCACGCCGGAUCAAGCCGAGAGAGGUGACGCAAAAGAGUUUGACUUGACAGAUUUUUUACGUGAACAGCACGAAGUAGGGCAGGCGCAAGGUUUCAACCCUCGAGAAUUAGGUGUUGUUUGGAAAAAUCUAGUCGUGCAAGGUUUGGGUGCGGAUGCCAAAAGUAUUCCCACAAAUUAUACGUGGUUACGUGAUAUUUUCAAGGUUUGGAAAUGGGGCAAGCAUGAGGGUCAUGACUUUACAAUUUUGAAGGGUAAUGAUGGAUUUUGCAAGCCUGGCGAAAUGCUUUUGGUAUUGGGUCGUCCAGGAAGUGGCUGCACAACUCUCUUACGUGUGCUAGCGAAUAUGCGUGCCUCCUAUACUCAAAUAGAUGGUACUGUACAUUAUGGCGGUAUUGAAGCUCGUGAAUUUGCAAAACACUACCGUGGUGAAGUCUGUUAUAAUGAAGAAGAAGACUUACAUUACCCUACAUUGACGACAAAACAGACGUUGAAGUUUGCUCUAAAGAAUAAGACACCAGGCAAGCGAUUGGAAGGUGAAUCAAAGGGAGAAUUCAUCAACAAGAUUCUUUAUAUGCUAGGUAAUAUGCUAGGAUUAACGAAACAGAUGAAUACAAUGGUUGGUAAUGCUUUUGUUCGCGGCUUAUCUGGUGGUGAACGUAAACGUUUGUCUAUUGCCGAACAAAUGACAACCAGAAGCUCUAUAAAUUGCUGGGAUUGCUCUACUCGUGGUUUAGAUGCUUCAUCAGCUCUUGAUUAUGUGCGUUCACUCCGUAUCAUGACAGAUAUUUUGCAAAAGACAACUAUUGCUACCUUAUAUCAGGCUUCCGAUAGUAUUUUUCAACUGUUUGAUAAAGUCAUGGUACUUGACGAAGGCCGCUGUAUCUAUUUUGGUCCUACCUCAGGUGCCAAGCAAUACUUUGAAGACAUGGGAUUCAAGUGCCCUGACCGAAAGUCUACCCCAGACUUUUUAACUGGUCUCUGUAAUAUGAACGAACGCCAAUACCGUGAAGGAUUCAAAGAUAAGGUGCCUGUCAAUGCCGUGCAAUUUGAAAAGGUAUAUCAAGAUUCUGAUCUCUUCAAAACUAUGAUGGCUGACCGUGAUGCGUAUGAAGAACACAUCAAUAGAGAUCGCCCUGAUGAAAAGUUUCGACAAGCCUUCAUUGAAGCUCAUCAAAAGCAUGCUCCUAAAAGAUCACCGUUUGUUGCUACCUAUUAUCAGCAAGUCAAGGCUCUUACAGUACGUCAGUUUGAGCUUAUUUUUGGUGAUAAAGGCUCACUUGUAUCUCGUUACGGUGGUGUUAUCGUAAAGGGCCUUAUCAUGGCGUCUGUUUUCUAUAAAAUGCCGAGGGAUGUUGCUGGCGCUUUCUCACGUGGUGGUGCUUUCUUGUUCUCUUUACUUUUUAACGCCUUAAUUGCUCAGUCAGAACUUUCAGCCUUUAUGCAAGGGCGCCGUGUUUUGGAGAAGCAUAAGCACUUUGCUUUAUACCAUCCCUCUGCUUUCUAUAUUGCUCAAGUCAUUUCUGAUGUACCUUUGGCCAUUAUUCAAGUGCUUGUAUUUGAAAUAUGUGUCUACUUUAUGAUGGGUCUUGUAAUGGAUGCUGGAAAGUUUUUCACUUUCUUUAUUAUUUUGGUUGUCACCAAUCUUUGUAUGAAUGGUUUCUUCCGUUUCUUCGGUUCGGUAUCUCCAAAUUUCUUUACUGCUUCACAAGUCUCAUCUGUCUUUUUGAUCGCUGCCCUUGUUUACUGUGGUUAUCAAAUCCCUUAUAAUCAGAUGCACCCGUGGCUCAUGUGGAUCUACUGGAUAAACCCUCUUGCCUACGGCUAUAAAGCAUUGAUUUCAAACGAGCUUACCGGUAUGCAUUUUACUUGUGAAGGUGCCGGCUCUAUUCCUUACGGCCCAUCAUAUACAGAUCAAGCAUACAAAACCUGCAAUUUGCCUGGUGCCAAACCAGGCGCUGACUUUGUUCUCGGUGAUGACUACUUAGACGCAGCCUACGGUUAUGAGACUUGGCAGCGUUGGAUUAACUUUGUCGCAGUCAUUUUAUUCUUUCUCCUUUUCACUAUCUUAACGGCCAUAUGUAUGGAGUACGUUGAUUUGCAAAAAGAAGGGUCCAUUACCAAAGUGUUUAAAGAAGGAAAAGCUCCAAAAGAAAUUGAUGAGGCUCAAGCUAUGGAAGAAACAGCACAAGAAGACACUGAUAAGAUGGAAGCAGUAGCAGAGGGUACUACUUUCUCUUGGCAUCAUAUUGAUUACACUGUACCUGUCAAAGGUGGUAAGCUGAAGUUGUUAAAUGAUGUGGCUGGUAUUGUGAAGCCUGGUCAUCUCACUGCUCUCAUGGGGUCUUCUGGUGCCGGUAAAACUACUCUAUUGGAUGUCCUGGCUAAACGUAAAACAAUUGGUAAGGUGGAAGGCCGUGUCUAUUUGAAUGGUGAGCCUUUAGGCUCUAAUUUUGAGCGUACCACUGGUUAUUGUGAACAAAUGGAUGUACAUAAUCCUGCUGCUACUGUCCGUGAAGCCUUGAAGUUUUCUGCUUAUUUACGUCAACCUGCUGAUGUACCCAAAGAAGAAAAGGACGAGUAUGUGGAGCAAAUCAUUCGUUUAAUGGAAAUGGAGCGCAUUGCUGAUGCCUUGGUAGGUGACCUUGAAGCCGGCAUUGGUAUUUCUGUAGAAGAACGUAAACGUUUGACCAUUGCUACUGAACUCGUUGGCAAGCCCAAGCUUUUAUUCCUUGAUGAGCCUACUUCAGGUUUGGAUGCUCAGAGUUCCUUUAAUAUUGUUCGAUUCAUCCGUAAAUUGGCUGAUGCUGGUUGGCCAGUACUCUGUACCAUUCAUCAACCUUCUGCUACACUUUUCGAACAUUUUGAUCACUUGGUUUUAUUAGUACGUGGUGGUAAAACUGCCUACUUUGGUGAAAUCGGUGAGAAUGCUAGUAUCAUGAUUGACUACUUUGAACGUAAUGGUGGUCCUAAAUGCUCGCCAAAUGCAAACCCGGCUGAAUACAUUCUAGAAUGCGUGGGUGCUGGCACGGCUGGUAAAGCUAGUAAAGACUGGUCAGAAGUUUGGAGGUCAUCGCCUGAAGCAGAAGCUCUUGAACAAGAAUUGGAGCAAAUCCAUCAAGGCAUUGAUCCUAAUUACAAAAAUAAGAGUACUACUUAUUCUCUUUCUUUCUGGCAGCAAUUUUGGCUUGUUUACAAACGUAUGAAUGUAUCGUGGUGGCGCGUACCUACCUACAACAUGGGUCGUCUUUUUAAUGUCUGCUUUAUUGGUCUUAUUUCAGGUUUCUCUUUCUGGAAAUUAGGCAAUACACCAGCCGAUAUGCAGGAUCGUAUGUUCUCUGUGUUUACUACUCUGUUGAUGUCGAACUCGUUGAUCAUUUUGGCACAGCCUCGAUUUAUGCAAGAACGUCAAUGGUUCCGUCGCGAAUAUGCUUCUCGCUACUACGGUUGGGCUCCAUUUGCUUUGUCUUGCGUUCUGGUAGAGAUACCCUAUUUGAUUGUCUUCUCAGCUAUCUUCUUAUUCUGCUUUUACUGGACUGCAGGUCUUCAAACUGCCUCGGAUCGUAUCGGGUUCUUCUAUAUUCAUUUCACGAUGUUCCUGUUCUAUUCUGUAUCUCUCGGUUUCGUGAUUGCUGCAUUCUCAAGCACGCCACCUAUGGCUGCUGUCAUUAAUCCCUUCUUUACUUCAAUCUUGAUCUUGUUUGCCGGUAUUGUGCAACCUCCUUCUUCCAUGCCCCGUUUCUGGAGUUCGUGGAUGUAUUGGCUAGACCCUUAUCACUAUUUGAUAGAAGGUUUAGUGGUAAAUGUUAUGGAUGGUGUGAAAGUUGUCUGUAGUGAUAGCGAUUAUAUACCAUUCAGACCACCCCCCGGUCAAACAUGCGGUGACUACAUGCAACAGUUCUUUGCCCAAGGCGGUAGUGGCUAUAUUGGCGAUAACAGCUCAACUGAUAUGUGUCAAUAUUGUCCUUACGCAAUUGGUAAUCAAUAUUAUGAAGAGCGUAUCGGAUGGAGAUUUUCCAAUCGUUGGCGUGAUUUCGGCAUUUUGUGCGCCUACUACGUGUUUAACGUGUUGGCAUUUAUGUUCUUUGUCUUCUUGUUUAGAAAACCAAAGCGAUAA